AUGGCAAGCAUUCGCGAGAUGCUCGAGACUGAGUGCUCGACGCAGGCUCAGGACAUCCCAUUAGGUGUUUCUGCCUUCAGUCAACUGAUGGAUGUCAGUGUAAUGCGGACCUUCAAAAAGAAGAUCAAGACAGAAAUAUCUGCCAAUCACGACAAGAAAGAAGUAUAA